AUAUUAUUUUAAAUUUUCGAACAACCUAUGUCAGCAAGUCUGGCCAAGUUAUCUUUGAAGCAAGAUCAAUUUGCAUCCACUAUGUCACAACCUGGUUCAUCAUUGAUUUAAUCGCUGCCCUGCCUUUCGACCUCCUGUACGCCUUCAACGUCACCGUGGUGUCUCUGGUGCAUCUCCUGAAGACCGUCCGGCUGCUGCGACUUCUGCGUCUCCUGCAGAAGUUGGACCGUUACUCCCAGCACAGCACCAUCGUCCUGACCCUGCUCAUGUCCAUGUUUGCCCUCCUUGCGCACUGGAUGGCGUGUAUCUGGUAUGUCAUUGGAAAAAUGGAGAGGGAAGACAACAGCCUUCUGAAAUGGGAAGUUGGUUGGCUCCAUGAGUUGGGAAAGAGACUGGAAUCUCCGUACUAUGGCAACAAUACCUUGGGGGGCCCGUCGAUCCGAAGCGCCUACAUCGCCGCUCUGUACUUCACGCUCAGCAGCCUGACCAGCGUUGGGUUUGGGAAUGUCUCCGCUAACACAGAUGCAGAGAAGAUCUUCUCCAUCUGCACCAUGCUGAUUGGGGCCUUGAUGCACGCCCUGGUGUUUGGGAACGUGACGGCGAUCAUACAGAGGAUGUAUUCCAGGUGGUCCCUGUAUCACACUAGAACGAAGGACCUGAAGGACUUCAUACGCGUCCACCACCUUCCCCAGCAGCUCAAGCAGAGGAUGCUUGAAUAUUUCCAGACAACCUGGUCAGUCAACAAUGGAAUAGAUUCAAAUGAGCUUUUGAAAGACUUUCCAGAUGAGCUCCGUUCUGACAUCACUAUGCACCUGAACAAGGAAAUCUUGCAGUUGUCCCUUUUUGAGUGUGCCAGCCGGGGCUGCCUCAGGUCUCUGUCCCUACACAUCAAAACCUCCUUCUGUGCCCCGGGGGAGUAUCUGCUGCGUCAGGGAGACGCUCUGCAGGCCAUCUACUUCGUGUGCUCAGGCUCCAUGGAAGUGCUUAAAGACAGCAUGGUGCUGGCGAUUCUUGGGAAAGGGGAUUUAAUUGGAGCAAAUCUAUCAAUUAAGGACCAAGUGAUUAAGACCAAUGCGGAUGUGAAGGCGCUCACCUACUGUGAUCUCCAGUGCAUCAUCCUCAAAGGGCUCUUUGAAGUGCUGGACCUUUACCCAGAAUACGCUCACAAGUUUGUGGAAGACAUUCAGCACGACCUCACAUACAACCUCCGAGAAGGUCACGAGAGUGAUGUGAUAUCAAGAUUAUCAAACAAAUCCACGGUCUCCCAGCCAGAGCCCAAGGGGAAUGGCAGCAUCAAGAAGAGACUCCCAUCCAUUGUGGAAGAUGAGGAGGAGGAGGAGGAGGAGGGGGAGGAAGACGAGACUGCCUCCCUCUCUCCCAUCUACACCAGGGGGUCCUCCUGUUCGCGCAGCAAGAAGGCUGGAGGCAACAAAAGCUACCUUGGCUUAAGCUUGAAGCAGCUGGCCUCAGGGACGGUGCCAUUUCACUCACCUAUCAGAGUCUCCGGUUCGAAUUCCCCCAAAACCAAACAGCUCACUGACGUUCCUAACCAUGGCAAGAGAAACGAGAAGAACUUGAAGCUGCAACUUUCUACGCUGAGUAACGCAGGCCCCCCAGACCUCAGUCCAAGGGUUGUUGAUGGAAUUGAAGAUGGAAACAGUAGUGAAGAAAGCCAGACUUUUGACUUUGUCUCGGAACGAAUUAGACCAGAGCCCAGAAUAUCUCCUCCUCUCGGAGACCCAGAGGUUGGAGCCGCUGUCCUCUUCAUCAAAGCAGAGGAGACGAAGCAGCAGAUAAACAAACUCAACAGUGAGGUAACAAGCCUGACUCAGGAGGUCUCCCAGUUAGGUAAAGACAUGAGAACUGUGAUGCAACUUCUAGAACACAUUCUGUCCCCCCAGCAGCCCUCUCGGCUCUGCUCCCUGCACACCACCUCCGUGUGUCCCUCCAGGGACAGCUUCCAGACCAGGACGACCUGGAGUGCGCACCAGCCCUGCCUACACUUGCAGGCAGGUGGCGCUGCUUAUUCCCAAACACAGCUUUGUCGCGGGAACGUCACCUCAGACAUAUGGAGUGUGGAUCCCUCCUCUGUGGGGAGCAGCCCCCGGCGAACUGGAGCCCCCGAGCGAAAUCCUGCAGACACUGAACUGUUUUAUUCACCUGCCCACCACCAGGUUGUCCAGGAAGGUCAUUUGCAGUUUCUAAGGUGCAUCUCUCCACAGUCAGAUACCACCCUGACACCCCUGCAGUCCAUCUCGGCGACGCUCUCGUCCUCUGUCUGCUCCUCCUCCGAAACAUCUUUGCACCUGGUUCUCCCCAGCAGAUCGGAAGAGGGCAGCUUGGGCCAGGGAGCCGUGAGUUCCUUCAGUCUGGAGAACUUGCCAGGAUCUUGGGAGCGGGGACGAAGGGCCUCAGUCUCUCCUGACCCCUUGGAGAACUUUCCACUGGAAGUUGUCACCAGCACAGCAGAAGCGAAGGACAAGAAAGCCAUAAAUGUAUGACACUCGUGCCUGUUUCAGCCCCUCCCCGCAGGACAGCUCUGGUUUGCCUUCCUCACCCCCAGCAGCGUGAAGGCUGGGUGAUGCUGGGGGUCCCGAGGAAGAGAGCGUGAGGGGCCGGGAAAGGCAGAACCACCUUCAUGCUGCAGCAGACACGCCCUAGGUCCAAGAAACAAAGUAGGAACAUUUUCCUGUACAGAUAAUAACUUACUGGUCUGUUUGACAGACUUGGGUAAAAAUCCAAAGACCCUGCGGGUCUGAGCGGCUCAGAGUCCCAGACAAAGAAUUUGUGGAUUGGUUUUGUCCUAGGUGGCUUUUGUGAAAUGCAGCAGAGGUUUUUCCUGAGUGCCUGUGUGUCACUCCUGAACAAUACCCACCGCACUGCGGGCCUCGGGAGCUCACAGCUCCCGCUGAUCUAUUUUUGAAAUAUAGAAGGCCAAGGGACAAUUAUCACUGCAUGUCAUCUCCUAGACAAUCAGUCACAUAGAGCCGGUGGCCAGUGGUUAGCUAGUGCACGUUAUUUGCCAUGUAAAAAAUGAAUGUCUUUAUUUAUCAAAAAAAAAAGCUAUUUUUAUAUCCUUGGUAUGAAAUACGUAUUUAAACUAUUUAAAAUAUUUAUAAAGAAAUGAAUGUUUUCAUUUUGGUAAAAAAAAAAAAGCUUGCCGUUUUAACAAGAAAUGCACUCUUGUUAUGUAUAAUAGAUCAAAAAUUAUUUAUUAUUAAGAGGAUGUAGUUUCAAAAGGAAUCCCCCUUUUAUCUGCAUGCAGUUUGCAACAAAUGUAUCAUCACGCUUCUGGAUUACAAAAGACGAGGUCAGAUUUUAUUAAUGAAAUAAAAACACAGACUGAGCGUCCGGGGUGAGGGUAGGGAGGGUUCCGCCUGGGCUCUGCUGACUCACAGAGCAGCCUGCAUUGAGCCUGCCUCAACUGGGCCGGCAGUCGUUGUACUCUGUGCUUCUGGUCCGGGGAACAUGAGAUCACAAUUACAUUGAGCUAUUAUUUGGGCUUCAAAAUGAGGGAGAAAACCUUGGGUGUAUCCUUGCUCUGUGCCGUUCUUUCAGAAAAGCUCGAGGAGACCAGUGAAAAAUUCCAAAAUGGAGCUAAGACUUCUGAGUUAUGGCUUGGGAGGGUGAUGCCAGCUCACUUUGGAUCAGCACUUUUCAUUUUUUUCUUUAAAGCUCUCAACCAUGCUGUAAGUUACGCAGAGCUGGUGUUUUCAUUCUCAUCUUGCAGAGAAAAAAA